CCAGAUCUCCUCAAUUUCAAGAAGGGAUGGAUGUCCAUCCUGGAUGAGCAGGGAGAGUGGAAGAAACAUUGGUUUGUGCUGACUGACUCGAGCCUGAGGUAUUACCGGGACUCGAAUGCGGAAGAGGCAGAUGACCUCGAUGGAGAAAUUGACCUCCGCUCCUGCACAGAUGUCACAGAGUUUGCGGUGCAGCGCAACUAUGGUUUCCAGAUACACACGAAGGAUGCUGUCUUCACCCUAUCGGCAAUGACCUCGGGUAUUCGGCGCAACUGGAUCGAGGCUCUGAGGAAGAACGUGCGCCCAGUCAGUGCUCCAGAUGUCACCAAGCUCUCUGACUGUGAUAAGGAGAACUCCAUCCAUAACUGCGUCCCCCAGAAGAGCUCACUCCGGACAGAGGAGCAGCAGCGGCUGGGCUCAGGCUCUGAGGGCAACUCAAAGGGUGGUCACUGGAAGGUGGAUGGGCAGCGCCAUGCCUUUGACUACGUGGAGCUGUCUCCCUUGCUGCAGGACCCCGGGAAUCAGGGGUCCCCGCAGAGGACAAGAGGGAGCUUGAGGAUCUCUGACCGGUCUCUCAAGCAUGAGGAGCUGGAGCGGGAUCUGGCUGUCCGUUCUGAGGAGAGGCGGAAAUGGUUUGAGACCCCCGAUGGCAGGGUCCCAAACAGCGAUGGCCCGGCAGGAGACUCUUCCCACAAGGUUGGGGAGCAGGAUUUCCCCGCUCCUCCACUUUCAGAGGACCAGCGAGUUCGUCUGAAUGAGGAGAUAGAGAAGAAGUGGCUGGAGCUGGAACAUGGAGACACCAACGAGGCACUAAAAAAGGAGGUCCAGUCACUGCGGGCACAGCUGGAGUCGUGCCGGGCCCGAAAUGAGAGCCUUCAGCAAGCAGCAAAAUCCCAGGGAGAUGGCCACGUGCCCCGGGGGUACAUCUCACAGGAGGCCUGCGAGCGCAGCCUGGCUGAGAUGGAGUCAUCUCACCAGCAAGUGAUGGAGGAGCUCCAGAGGCACCACCAGCGGGAGAUGGAGCGGCUGCGGCAGGAAAAGGAGCGGCUCCUGGCAGAGGAGGCAGCGGCGACAGCAGCAGCCAUCGAGGCACUGAAGAAAGCCCACCGGGAGGAGAUGAAUAAGGAGCUGGGCAGGACACGAAGCUUCCAGCAAUGUGGCUCGAUCUCAGAUGCCCUCCAGAAGCAGCACCAGUUGGACGUGGAUUCCCUGAAGCGGGAGCUGCAGGUGCUUUCUGAGCAGUAUUCCCAAAAGUGCCUGGAAAUCGGGGAGCUCACUCAGAAAGCAGAGGAGCGGGAGCAGACGUUGCAGCGCUGUCAGCAGGAGGGGAAGGAGCUCCUCCGGAAAAACCAGGAGCUCCAGACCCGCCUCUCGGAUGAGAUUGGGAAGCUGCGAAGCUUUAUUUCGUCGUGGAGCUCUAGGGACGGCUCUCCACACAACAACGAGAGGAGCUCCUGCGAGCUGGAGGUGCUGCUGCGGGUGAAGGAGAACGAGCUCCAGUAUGUAAAGAAAGAGGUGCAGUGCCUCCGGGAGGAGCUGCAGAUGAUGCAAAAGGAUAAGAGAUUUGCCUCAGGGAAAUACCAAGAUGUCUAUGCAGAGCUAAAUCACAUUAAGGUGCGCUCGGAGCGAGAGAUCGAGCAGCUGAAGGAGCACCUGCGCCUGGCCAUGGCAGCUCUGCAGGAGAAGGAGUCACUGUGCAACAGCAUCAGCGAGUAA